CGUGCAAUCGGGUUCUGCUUAGUACACGAGUUGUACAGAUUGAUGGCACCGGUGUUCAAUCGGCUGUCUAUGCUUGUCGUUUUCUGUUUAGUUGCUACUUGUCUGUCCUAUUGGCGUGUGGAGACGGGGAGGGAGUAGCGUUACUAAGGCCAGUCUUGUGUCAGGUAGAAGGCAAUAACAGUAUGGUGCCUUAACGGUGGUUUGUUUACCUAGCGAAGGAAAUGACUUCGAAGAAAGAACAGCUCUUAUCUACAUUCACUUGUACAAAACCUACUCUGCUAUUUUUGACAUUUUACUCUGGGCUUGGCAUGUAAAUAGUCUGUGUACUGAUGUGCCAUUGUUACAAAUGGAAAGGGAGUUUCACUUUGGGAACGUGAGCAUAUCCCUAGUGCUCAUGUUGUUUCUGAGGGCUCUGACUGGGACGUCUCCAACUCUAAGCUUUACCUCCGGGAGAGAGCCUCAACCCGCAGCCGCUCUGGGGUCACACACAGCCGCGGAAGAUGGAAACGAAGGGGUGUUGGUGGAACGGGGCUUGGAAAGUAUCGGUGGUCCUCUUCCGGGUGUUAUCGGGGACGUGACCGUGGAGGAUCAUGAUGAUGAGAGCGGGGCGACCGGGAACGGUGAGGAGUCGUACGGAGAAAGUGACGGAAACAUCAGACCGAAACGCUCUCUGGUGAUCAUCAGUACUCUGGACGGUCGUAUAUCAGCUCUAGACCCCUACAACCAGGGACGCAAACAGUGGGACCUGAACGUCGGGUCGGGAUGUCUGGUCUCAUCCAGCCUCAGCAAACCAGAGGUGUUUGGUAAUAAGAUGUUCAUCCCGUCGUUGGACGGAGCGUUGUUCCAGUGGAAUAGAGACAGAGAGAGCAUGGAAGCUGUCCCCUUCAGUGUCGAGUCUCUCCUGGAGUCCUCCUUUCGCAUCGGGGAAGACACCGUCCUGGUGGGGGGCAAGAGUCUCACGAGCUACGGUCUGGGAGCCUACAGCGGCAAGCUGAGGUAUAUCUGCUCAGCAGUUGGCUGUAGCCGCUGGGGGGAGGAGGAAACCGAGCCGGAGGAUGUAUUACUGCUGCAGAGAACCCAGAAGACCGUCAGGGCCGUCCGACCACGCUCCGGCUUGGAGAAGUGGAACUUCAGCGUGGGGAGCUUUGAGCUGAGGUUUGUUCCCGACAAACAGCUGACCAGCAACUUCCUGGAGGGAGAGAUGGCGAGCGGCGAGGCCAUGUGGAAGGAGGAGCAGAGGAGCAGUGGGCAGAAGGUUAUCAUGGAGGAGACCACAGACAACCACAGACACACAACCACAGACACGCACAGUGACACACCUGGGACACCAGACCUAGUCAUCAAGGUGUCUGUUCCUGACUGGAAGGUGAUGGCUUUCAGCACCCAGCCUGGAGGACAGCUGGUCUGGGAACAGCAGUUCUGCACGCCCAUAGCCGCUGCCUGGUUGGUCGGCGGGGGGAAGGUAACGCCCAUCAGCCUGUUCGAUGACACGCCUUACAGCAGUCGUCCUGACGCGGAGGAGCAGGAGGAGGAGGACGAGGACAUUAUGGAGGCCGCUCGGGGAGCUACUGAGUCCAGCGUAUACCUGGGUAUGUAUCAGGGCCAGCUGUACCUGCAGUCGUCCGUCAAGAUCUCAGAAAAGUUCCCAUCUAAAGCCCUCAACGGGCCCGGUCCGGACCCGGGCAACAUCCCUACCAUCAGAUGGAAACCCCUCAUACAUUCUCCAUCUCGGACACCUGUGCUGGUUGGUUCUGAUGAGUUUGACAAGUGUCUGAACAACGACAAGUUCUCUCAUGAAGAAUACAGCAACGGAGCCCUGUCAGUCCUGCAGUACCCGUAUGACAACGGGUACUACUUCUCAUACAGUAAGCGUUACCGCGGGCGACGCGGCGUGGCGGAGGUGUCUCUGCUGAAGGAUGGCGGUGCGGCGGUGGAGAGGAGGAGGAGGAAGGAUCCGGUCCUGUUACUGCCCUGGUGGAAGGAGAUUCUAGGCACCAUGGUGUUCUGUAUCGCUGCUACCACCUAUAUAGUCAGGAAGUUCUUCCAUCCUCCCGCCCCGGUGGAAUACAUACGGCAACGCAAGGAGUCGGAGACUCAGUGUCAGACCGACAGCAAGUAUGACCUUGAGGUGGCCGAACCCAAAGAGACGGUUGUCACGGAGAUCCGACCCAGUGAAUAUGUAUCCAGGUAUCGUACGGUGUUGACAUUAAAACAGACCACUGGUUCACUAAGGCUUCGUCCAAAAUGGACCCUACUCAUAGGUUAUAGUAGGCGCCUCCCCAGUAUUCAUACUGUAUAGUAGCUGAUAGCCCCCCCCCCCCCAGUAUUCAUAGUGUAUAGUAGCUGAUAGCCCCCCCAGUAUUCAUACUGUAUAGUAGCUGAUAGCCCCCCCAGUAUUCAUAGUGUAUAGUAGCUGAUAGCCCCCCCCAGUAUUCAUACUGUAUAGUAGCUGAUAGCCCCCCCCCCCCGUAUUCAUAGUGUAUAGUAGCUGAUAGCCCCCCCCAGUAUUCAUACUGUAUAGUAGCUGAUAGCCCCCCCCAGUAUUCAUAGUGUAUAGUAGCUGAUAGCCCCCCCAGUAUUCAUAGUGUAUAGUAGCUGAUAGCCCCCCCCAGUAUUCAUAGUGUAUAGUAGCUGAUAG